AUGCUGCCGGCGGCUGCUCGCCCCCUAUGGGGGCCCUGUCUAGGGCUUAGGGGCGCCGCGCUCCGCUUCGCCAGGCAACAGGUUCCACGUGUCAGCGCCGUGCGGCUGAUGCGAUGCAGCAGCCAUCGGAGGGGAGAGGCCCUCGCCGGUGCACCCCUAGACAACGCCCCCAAGGAGUACCCCCCCAAGAUCCAGCAGCUGGUCCAGGACAUUGCCAGCCUCACGCUCCUGGAGAUCUCAGACCUCAAUGAGCUCCUGAAGAAAACACUCAAGAUCCAGGAUGUGGGGCUCAUGCCCAUGGGGGGCGCCAUGCCCGCUGCCGCCCCCGCCGCUGCCGCCCCGGAGGCGGUGGAGGAAGACAUCCCCAAGCAGAAGGAGCAGACGCACUUCACCGUCCGCCUGACGGAGGCGAAGCCGGUGGACAAGGUGAAGCUCAUCAAGGAGAUCAAGAACUACGUCCAGGGCAUCAACCUGGUGCAGGCGAAGAAGCUGGUGGAGUCGCUGCCCCAGGAGAUCAAGGCCAACGUCGCCAAGGCCGAGGCGGAGAAGAUCAAGGCGGCGCUGGAGGCGGUGGGCGGCACGGUGGUCCUGGAGUAG